AUGCAUCGCCGCAUAUCUUCACGGCGAGUUGUUGACUCGCAAGAAGAUUUCUUUCAACGUAUCGUUAGUUCUUUGAGAAAAGUAUUUUCUGUCAAAAAACGUCCGAAGAAUAUGGUAGCAAGACACCAUGGUGCUGGUGGUACAACUUUACCAGCGUUUUCAACUUCAAUGCCAUAUGUUAUUCACGUAGAAGCAGGCAGUGCAAGUGGAGAAGGAAGUGGUUACGGAUAUGCUUGCGGACAUGAUGGUGGAUAUAGUGGCGGAUAUGGUGGUAGUGGUGAUGGAUGUGGCGGCGAUGGUGGUGGAUGUUGA